GAGCUGCGGCUCAUGGGCGUCAGCGCAGCGGUGAUGUUCGCCGUAUGAGAGUGCUAGGCGCUGUGCUUUCUUUGUUCCCUCCUUGGAUAAAAUAAUUGUAGUAAUUUCUGCACAAUGUCUGGAUUACCGAGGAGAAUCAUCAAGGAAACGCAGCGUCUCAUGGCCGAACCUGUACCGGGUAUUAGUGCAAUUCCAGAUGAACAGAACGCGAGGUACUUUCACGUCGUCGUAGCCGGUCCUGAAGGGUCACCGUUUGAAGGAGGAGUGUUUAAAUUGGAGCUGUUUCUUCCUGAAGAGUACCCAAUGCUUGCCCCCAAAGUACGCUUCAUGACAAAGAUCUACCACCCCAACAUAGACAAGCUAGGUCGCAUAUGCCUGGACAUCCUCAAAGACAAGUGGAGCCCAGCGCUGCAAAUUCGCACGGUGCUGCUGUCCAUCCAAGCUCUGCUCAGUGCCCCGAACCCUGAUGACCCCUUGGCAAAUGACGUGGCAGAGCAGUGGAAGGUCAAUGAGGCAGAAGCCAUCAGAACAGCGAGAGAAUGGACAAGGCAAUACGCAAUGGAUGUCUGAGUCAUAGCAAGAGGAGGUGGCAAUGGCUGAUGGCGGCAACGCUUUGAGGAAGUGUUUUUUUCUUAAAACAGCAACUUGGAGAGGAACUAAGUACACAAACAAGAACCUAAGAAGAAAAGGACACUGUUGCUGACGGGGCCCAAACAUGGCACCGGCGCGGUGCUGCCUAGGGGGCCACGAUUGUGUUUUUCCGCCACCUUUUUCAUCAUCCAUCGCUCUUCUAGAGGGGGCUUGGCCAGACUGUGGGUGAAACUGGUGCAAGAGGUGGGGAAGGGCCGUCGUCAUCAGUGUGUCUCCAUUUCGAGCUCGUCCUAUUAUAAAGAAUUUUGUCCCGGUUCCUUUAAUUUUUUUUCUUUUAUUUUUUUUUUUCUUCUCCCUAUCUCUCUCUACCCUGAUUGAAACCCCGCUUGCUCUCUCUCCUGUCUCCUCUUUUCUUAUCUCUUCUUUCUGUUUCUUUGCCUCGAAUUGCCGGUGUUUUCGUGAAACUGUGAAUACUAUCGUACAAUCGUGGCCUUGUAAAUAAUUGUCUCCCCCACUUCUCGUUAUUUUCUUAAGUGAAUGGUGGGGAUGUUGAUUGUGCUACUAGUGAUUGAAAUGGUGUCUUACGAUCGCCACUGCGACUGCCCCUGCACCCCGCCUUGCCUGGAAGGUGAUGUUGAUGAUGAUGAUGCCUUGCUUGUCUCCUCUUCCACGAGUGUCCCUCCCGGCACGUGCUUAUUAUUUUAUUUUUUCCGCCUUGUGUUUGUGGUUCAGUUGAGACACGGAUGACGACAGGCGCCCAACUCUUCUCUGGAUUACAACAACAGUGUGUGCUUGUGCGCGGUUGGGUUUUUUGCCACUUUUUUUUUCUCUGGGGGGAGGGGGGGGCCUGGGAGGGUGUAUGAAGCUAUACAUGAAAUGUGCACUUAGGAAACCAUUAUUAUUAAUUUUCCUUUUCAAAGGUCUUGUACAAAGUCUCAAAAUAAAUUUUUUUUCUUUUUAAAAAUUGA